AUGACUGGAAUGGUAGAAGUGGCUUCCAUCCCACCGUGGAAGCUGAACAUUAUGGAAAAUGGACGUGUGUUUGAUGAUUCAGGUGAACCGGGAGGACAUUCCAACGAUAAGUAUAACAACAUAAAUGACAUUCCAACAUGGAAACGAAGUUUUGUGAAUCCGGACACUAAUAAUAGUAAACCUCGUGAUAAUGUACGGUCCAGUAGUAGUUCCUCGGUAGAUAUUAGAUCUAGUCAUGUAAACAAUAACAUCCCCUAUACAUCUGCCGAGGGAAAUAGAGUUAAAGUGAAGUUUAGUUUAGGGGGCGACACUACGGAAGUAAGUGAUAUGAAGGAAGAUAGGGAGACAUCUACCUCGGAGAAACAGCCUACUCUAAAUAGUAAGGUGGCUAUUGACAAUACACAUUUAAAACAUGUUCAGAGCAACCCGUUUUUCGUGGAGCUUGGUGGGGUCACACAUCCGCAUGGUAAGUUGAUAAAUGAUUCACUUCCUGAAAGUCCCCAGUUAUCACGCAGCGACAGUGUCAGUACUUGUACCACAGAGGAUGAAGUGAAUGACUAUAGCCCACACUCUGGCAUAGUUGAGAAAUUACGUAAAAAGUUUACCUCACUUUCAAGCCAUGAAAAGACUCUGCAGGGUGCUGCGUCAAGGCUUAAGCGAUAUGGAAGCCUGGACAAUUUGCUUGGAAGAGGGUCUUUACAAUCAGAAAUAUCAGAACCAGUAAAAUCACCCAGUCAGAAGAGUUAUUUGAGAAAUAACAGUCAAACUGAUGUUUCUAAAAGUUCAAGAAGCAGAGCUGAUGGCAAAAGAAAUAGUUUGGAAUGUAAGAGCUUUAGAGACAACAGGGAUGGAACUACAGAUACAGUAACACCAGCAUUGCAAAAACCACCUAAAAUCAUAUCCAGCAAAACUCAAGUUACCAGGAAUGAUUCAAGCUCAAGUGUGGAAGAACAAAAAUCACCCAAACCACCAGUUCCAGAGAUGCAAAUUUCAUCAGAUGACAUCAUAAUCAUUGAACAACCUUGCAAAUCUUCUGCUAGUCCUAAAAGUGCUGAUAAUCAGGAUGUGAAAACUUUAAAAAGUGAAAAUGAGGAAGGUGAACUUCCAAAACCAAACACUGUUUCAACAUUUAGGACAUUAUUUGAAGCUAACACAAAAGUCAGUAGGAGAAAAAUUCUUCCUGAUGCACCAAGGUCACCUAUGUUCAUUUCUGCAUCAACUCCAAAACCACCAGUGUCAAGGUCAAAACCACAGGUUCCACAGAGAGAGAAGCUGCCAGCAGUAGACAAAAUGACCAGUAAAGCUGAGACACAAAGCUCCCAGGAAACAGAUUCUGAUGACAAGUCACCAGUUCCUCCUCCAACCUCAAAAGUUACACCAAGUAUACCAUCCCUUUCACCAUCAGGUUCACCGUCAGAACAAACAGUAGCAAAGGUAACAGUAUCUUCUUCUCAAACCCAGGAUUCAUUCAGUGACAAUCAUACUGUUGCAUCGAUGCCAAUGCAUGACAAACCUAAUGAAAAUGAUGCUGUAAUGGAAAAACCUGCAUCAGUUUCAAAAGACAAACAAUCUACUGAUAACAUUGAGAUUGUAAGCAGCAUAGCUAGCAAACCACCAAGAGCUUUUGACUCCCCUGUGACAAAGAAGAAAAAUAUUGGUGAAAUGAAAUCCAUAUUUGAUUCCAAUAUCAUUGCAGCUUCAGGACCAAAACCAAUACCUGUUCUAAAACCAAGAAAAACUGUUCCAAAGAAUGUUACGCGAGUUACUGUUGAAAAGGCAAAGGAACUAGACACUUCAACCUCAAGACCUAACGGGAUAUCUGUUCAAAAUUCUGUGGUUUCUGAUACCAAAAUGGAAAACAAUGAAACAAAAGCUAACUUAGACUUUCCUAAAAAGAAAAGUGUAGCUCCAGUUCCACCUCAAAUAGAAUUACAUCAGAAGCCAAAAAUUCCAGUGGAACGAAAACAGAUAUUCGAUUCAGCUUCAAUAGUACCUGUUUCAUCGAGUGAUCAGGACUCUCAAAAUCAGACAGAAAAGAAGCGAGCUCCACCAAGACCAAAAGCAAUGGCACGAAAACUAAGCCGUUCAAAUUCUGUUGAAGAAGAUCCUAACAAGGCUUCAGAUAAGGAAGUAAUAAUUGUGGCUGAAAAGUCAGUUCCAAAGGAAUCACAAACCCCUGCAGCAACGAAACCAGAGAAGGAAAUGAAGCAAGUUGUACAAGCUGAACUACCACCAAAAUCUGAUGUUCCGCCAAUUCUGAAUCGGUUCUCCCCAGUAAUUCAUUCAUCCAAGAGUGAUGACAACAAUAAGCUCAAAACUUCAGAACAGGAUGACCGCAACAAAUCAUCUCUGGCAUCCAAUGCUGGCUCUACUCCAGCAACUAAAACAAGCAACUUUGAACCUGUUGGUGUUUUGAACCAAAAAAAUGAAGAGCUUAACAGUGCUAGUGGGAGACCAACCAAAGGAAUCCCCACAAUUAUCGCUAAUAGGUUCUUGAAAGACAGAAAAGAUGUUUCUCAGGAGAACAAAAACAAUGACAAAGAUGAUAGUGAUGAUGAAACUAAUCAUAGUUUAGUAAAACCAAGUCAGUUUAGGGCAAAAGGACUCAUGAAUGGAGCUAUAUCAUCCCCAGUGCCAAAGAAACGAGGACAAUCUAGUGAAGAAACUGCAUUAGAUAAAACUCGUAAAAAUGUUAUUGCCAAAAAGAAUAACACUGGGUCAUCUAACAUAGAUGAUCUUAUACGAGGGAAAAAAAAUAGUCCCUCCGCUGUGUUCAAUUCUAACAUGAUUCCGGCUAAGCCGGUAUCCACUACUAGUGCUGCCAAUAACGGAGUUCCUCCUUUGGAUCUUACAUUAAUAGAAGAAAAGAAGAAUCAUCCUUAUCAAGAAGGUUAUAUACCUACAAAGAUUGAGCCUUGCAAGAUCAAAUUUAUUGGUGCUGGUAUGAAGGGGCCCACACAACCCUUGGCUAAGACAAGAAAGACUAAGUUAAAAAUUUCGUUCAAUGAUCAAGCCACUGCAACACAUGAGUACCAGUCUGAGAAUGCAGCGUUGCAUGACUACCUGGUCAUUCACCCAAAGGAGGAGGAAGAAGUUAAGAAAGAGGCAGAAGAGGAAAAACCAGUCAUCAAAUUAGAAGACUUUGAAUAUGCAGAUGAGUCAUCUGAUGAUGUGGCAGAAACUCCUCGCAGUGGAGGCCCGGGUGACAGCUCUAUACGUAGCAAUACACCACUGUCAGGAGCAGGUACCUUUGGUGGCUACAAAUCCAAGAUGUCUGUAGACUUUGAGUUUGGGAUGUCUAUGGUUGAAGAACCUCCAGUUGCCUCCCCUGACCCUGACCCUGUGGAGGAUUCAGAGGAAACUGACAUUCUACCUAUUGCUGAUGAUGAUACAUUUAACUGGACAGACAAUAGCAGUGCUGAUCUCUUGUUCUAGUUUUAUCCUCAAUGUGUUUCUCUUCAGGAUUACAAGUCAGACCAGUUUACAAAGUCUGAUGUUGAAAUUAUGUUCAGUAGAUUUGUAGGUCUUGUGUUGAACAAACAUUUAGUAGACAGCUGUAGAUCUGGUGUUAAAUCAAUAUUCAGUAAAAUAUUGUAAGUUUGGUGUUAAACUUACAUUAACUAGACUGUUGUAGGUCUAGUGUAAAACCUACUUUCAGUAGAUGCUGUAGAAUUGGUGUCAAACCUACAUUCAGUAGACUGCAUUAGGUCAUGUGUCAAACCUAUAU